AUGGCACCAUCUGUUACAGAGACCGUGACACAAGUCACGGAGAACCUCAAGCAGAAGCCGGUUGCGGACCUCAAGACGCCAGCCCUGCCAACCCUCGAGACCGGACACCGGGAGCCCUUGAAGUUGAGCGGAGUCCUCGAUCAGUUCAAGCAGUUCGAUGUCACGCCAGUCAUUGGAAGAGAAUUUGCCGAUGUCGACCUUGCCGAAUGGCUGAGGGCACCCAACUCUGAUGAGCUACUGAGGGAUUUGGCCAUCACAAUCUCUCAACGAGGCGUCGUCUUCUUCCGCAAGCAGGACAACAUUACCAAUGAUCUCCAGAAGGAGCUCGUCCAACGCCUUGGAGAGCUGAGCGGGAAGCCGGCUACGUCUGGGUUACAUAUUCACCCAGUCCAUAACGGCGCCCGUGGUAGCGGCACGGGAGACGAUGAGAUCAGCGUCAUCUCGUCUGAACAGGCGAAGAAGAUUUACUCGGACCGCUAUCUCAAGUCUAGCAAGCGCCAGAGCCAAAAGGGACAGUGGCAUUCUGACAUCACUUUUGAGCCCAUUCCGAGCGACUAUGCUUUGUUGAGAUUGACAGAGCUGCCGAAGACGGGAGGAGAUACACUAUGGGCCUCUGGAUAUGAGCUUUAUGAUCGUAUCUCCAAGCCGUUGCAAAAUUUCUUGGAUGGCUUGACUGCCUACUACGCACAGCCUGGCUUCAAAGAGGCCGCUGAUAAGAACGGCUUUUCUCUCUUUUCCACUCCCCGAGGAGCCCCCGAAAACGUCGGCGAUGUUCUCGAAGCCAUUCACCCAGUUAUUCGUACCAACCCCGUUACCGGAUGGAAGAGUGUCUUUGCUGUCGGCCACCACGUCCAGUACAUCCACGGCCUGACGGAAGACGAGUCGAAGCACUUCUUGGACUGGUUCGUCCGCUUGAUUGUGGAAAACCACGACUUGCAGGUCCGCAACCGAUGGCAGAAUGUGAACGAUUUGGCUAUCUGGGACAACCGCAGCGUCUACCACGCCGCCACUCCGGACUACAUCAAUGAGGGCCUUGGAGAGCGCACCGGAUCAAGGGCUGUGAGCCUCGGCGAGAAGCCGUACUUUGAUCCUCAGAGUGUGAGUCGCAGGGAAGCUAUUGCCCUAGAAAGAGCAUGA